UCUGCAACAAACUUAAAACACAGAGCAGGUUUGGAUGUUGGAGCCAAACGUGCCCAGUCGCAGAGAACUGGGUCCUCUAAUUGCGCUCAACUAGUAAUUACCAUAUUUCCUACAGUCCUUGAACCUGCCAUCUGACGCAUGGGAAGUAGGUGUGUGUGUAUGUGUGUUGGGUGCUGUGUGUUUGGAGGCUAGUCUUCUGUAUAUUGUAGUGUUCAUAAAUCUCAGGCCAGCCAAUAGGGAGGCUGCAGUUAAUCCCGGCUCGGUAAAAACCCGGUGUGAGUCCAGAGGCGGCUCUAAUCUGAGGACAGAGUCACACAGACGCACACACACACACACGCACACACACACAGAGGAGGACUGGAGGUUUCUACCUGUGGAGAUGUCCGUUAUUCUACAGCAUUUUUCUCAUUACGUUAUUGCUUUGAGGAGGCUUUUCUGAAAACUCGUCUCAGAAGAGGGAGACGCUCUCUGAACCGCUCUCAUCAUCCACAGUCACCCGAAAACUCCAGCGGCUCUCUCGUGCGGGAUUGCGCUGCGCCCUCGCCGCCGCUGUCCUCACCACAGCCCUCACACCCUGUGGACACCCACCCCCACUGCGCUCAGUCGGGUCGUCAUGUCCUCCGGUGAUGCCUCGGAGCAGAGUCGGCGGGUCAGCGUGCUGUCUUGGGAUCAGGUGCGGCGCUUGGACUCCAUCCUGGGAGAGAGCGUCCCCAUCCACGGCCGCGGGAACUUCCCCACGCUGUCCGUGCAGCCCCGGCAGAUCGUCCAGGUGGUCAGGGCUCGACUGGAGGAGCGGGGUGUGGUGGUGCGUGAUGUCAAGCUGAACGGCUCAGCGGCCAGCCACGUGCUCCACCAGGACAAUGGCCUCGGCUACAAAGACCUGGACCUGAUUUUCGGUCUGAGUCUCACAGACGACAAAACCUUCCGGCUGGUGAAGGAUGUGGUGCUGGACUGCCUGGUGGACUUCUUACCUGAAGGGGUGUGCAGGAACCGAAUCACGGCCCUUGCCCUGAAGGAAGCGUACGUGCAGAAACUGGUGAAAGUUUGCAAUGAUACGGACCGCUGGAGCCUCAUCUCCCUGUCCAACAACACCGGCAAGAACGUGGAGCUGAAGUUUGUGGACUCCCUGCGAAGGCAGUUUGAGUUUAGCGUCGACUCGUUCCAGAUCACUCUGGACUCGCUGCUGCUCUUCGACCGCUGUUCCGAGACUGCCAUGUCUGAGACCUUCCACCCUACAGUGCAGGGGGAGAGCAUGUAUGGAGACUUUGAGGAAGCUCUCGGGCACCUUUUCUCCAGGACUAUCGCCACCCGCAGCCCAGAAGAGAUCCGAGGCGGCGGGCUGCUCAAGUACUGCCACCUGCUGGUGCGCGGCUUCCAGCCCUCCUCCGAGUCUCAAAUGAAACAGAUGCAGCGCUACAUGUGCUCGCGCUUCUUUAUCGACUUCCCAGACAUCGGCGAGCAGCAGAGGAAACUGGAGGCGUAUCUGCAGAACCACUUCGCGGGCAUAGAGCACAAGCGCUACGAGUACCUGGUGACGCUGAGGCAGGUGGUGGACGAAAGUACUGUGUGCCUGAUGGGCCACGAGCGCCGACAGACGCUGGGACUUAUUUCCGCUCUGGCAUUGCGCGUAAUGGCUGAACAGCAUGCUAUCCCCGCUCUGUCCAACAUCACCUGCUACUACCAGCCCGCUCCCUAUGUCAGAGAUGUCAACUUCAGCAAUUACUAUGUGGCACAAGUUCAGUCACCCAUGGCCACAUGCAGUAACUCUUAUCAAACGUGGCUGCCUUGCAGCUGAGCAAUGACUUUUAAGGCUCAUUUAUGCUCAGCGUUCGAUACGGAUACAGAUGAAGCCCUCUGUUUGUACUCUGUGGUCAUUUUGUCCGAAUAUGUGCUCGAAGCUUACACUUCAUUUUACUGGUCUGGAAAAGUCAUGGCAAGUAUGUGGUCAGUACCAAGAAACAUAUCCAAAAUUUCUUUGAAAUUACCCCAGAAAUACCACAGUAUUUACCACAUUUACAUUUCCAACUAGUUUCUGUCAAACUUCCCUCAGCAGGUGACUAAAUUGAAGUGAGUUGUCACAGCUUUUCAGAUAAGGGAUUAAGGCAGUUAAGGAAAUUAACUUUUAAAAUGGUAAAUUAGUAACUUGAUCCUGUUGUAGUAUUUGUUGGUUAUCAACAGAUUAUGGAGGCAAAUAAAUAUUCAAAUAAGACAUUUUGGAUAACUGUUCCAAAGUUGGACUGAUCUUCUUAAAUUAUGGUGAAGAACAUUGACCUCAGUCUAGUGACCUGCAGAAGUUAGACAGAAAACUAGUUUGAAAGUAAACUGCAACAACUCACUUUAAUUUAGUGGCCUGCUAAGAGGGUGUUGGACAGAAGGUAGUUGGAAAUGAAGCUGCAGCUCCUCACUUCAAUUUGUUGGCUCGCUGAGUGGCAGUUAAGCAGAAACCAGUUGGAAGCUUCCUGGGAAUUAAUUCAAGGAAUUACCAGCUAUUCAUCAACUACUUAUUGGAAAAUAGCAGCGUAUUAUUAUCAUGUUGGAGUAGCUCUCAAUACAUUUUGAAGUAAUCAUUGUGGUAAUUGGGGGGUAAUUUGAAAGAAAUUUCAGAUAUGUUACGUGGUGAUUACCAACUGCUUACUGUGAAAUUUGCAGAAAAGAAUGAAAUGUACCAAGCUUACGGAUCCGGAUGAAACAGAGCAAUGCCAACGAAAAAUCACGGGGUAGUGUAGCCAGUAGUUUAUGUGAGAGCACCAUAGGACGUUACAUAGAAAUUUGAACAAUGGUGGUAAUUCAAAUGUACUGUUGACACUGAGCUGACCUUUACUGGAUGUAUUGCUUAACAUCUAUACCAAUGUAAAGGAUGCAUGGAAGUAUGUGGGCAGUUACAGUAAUGAUUUGAGAUGGAUGUAUGUAUUAUCGGACGUAAAGGGAACAUCAAUGAGUCUCAAGGAUGUCAUGAGAGCUUUGGGUUUUAUCUUUACAUUGAUGUAAGCUGAACAUUCGCUCGGGUGCUCAGCACCUCUGUAGCAACGGGACUUUUUUUUGGUUUGAGGCCCAUGGUGGACAAAAAGGAACUUGCGCAUCUUUUUUUUUUGUUGCCAAAUCUUAUAUCAAAACCAUUCCACUAAGUUAUGUUGAUUAAUACUGCUGUAAAAACAAACAAACAAACAAAAAAAAACUCAUUCGAGCCAUUAUAAUUAUACCUUUUUAUUCUGUUAUUGUUUCAUUACCAAUGUGGAUGUGUAUGGAAAAAUAUGAAGGGUUGAUAUGUGACCGAGGAACUUUGCCAGUUCUGUUUCUUGUCCAAUGGAGACUUGUGUUUGGUCUUUAAUGAAAUGUAAAUAGUUGUUACGAAACCAGAGAGAAAGAAAGCCGUUUUUUUUUUGUUCUGUCUGUGGUUACAGCUGACCUUGACUGGGAGGGGAAAAGGACCAAAGAAAUACUUCCUUGUGUAGCAUGACAAACAAAGACUGUAUAUGGUUCCAAGUGCCUGAAAAUGACCGUCUUUAUAAUAGUUGCAAUGUAAGAAUUGUUUUUGAAACUUUUUCAUCCAGGUUACUGUACAUUUCUAUAUCCAGGGUCAGGGUAUUUGUUUUUAAAUCAUUAAAAAAAAAAUGUCAAAAAUGGAAAGAUGUGGUACACUGGUC